UUAUCUCAUAAUUUCGACUUUUUAAUCACACAAUUAUGUUGUUGUUUUUUUAUCUGAUGAUUUCGAUUUUUUUGAUCUCAUAAUUUUGACUUUUUAGCCAAUAAUUUAGACUUUUUAGUUAGAUAUUUAGAUUUUUUUUCGUAUUACAUAGUUAGGGUUUACAUCUUAUAAUUAUGUAUUUUUAUCUCAUAAUGUUGACUUUAUCUCAUAAUUUUGACUUUUUAUCACAUAAUUAUUAUAUUAAUGUUUUUUUUCAAACAGGUUUUCACGUUAUUUUGAUAGUUUCAAGAUUAAUCAUCAUGGUAUUUGUGGAAGAAAUGCUACACAUUAAAGGUAGUUUAAAUUGGUAUGACCCAGGAAGUGAAAGAAGAGACCGGAAGUGGGGAAGGUAAUGAUCGAGACACACCUGGUAAUUCAAAAAGGAAGAGGACCGUGGAAGAGGAAGUGAAUAGCAGUUUGAUAAGAUAAGACUGAAAAUACAUUUUCAGCAUAAAAGUAUGACAACGUGGUGGCGAUAGUUUCAAAGAACUAUGAUGUUGUUGCAGGUAUUCCACCCUUUGUGCCUGCCCGGACUGUGCUGGAAGGCCUCGAGUCAGAGGAUGCGUGUGAAGACAAGAAAGCUGUAAAAAAGGAGAUCCAUAACAAAAAGGGAGCCAAAAAGGACAAAAUGGAAGAGGAGAAUACAGACCUGCUCAGACUUUGCCACACAGUACCGCUGGAGGUGGUGAACUUAGGUGGGAAAAGUUACGAUCCAGAGAAGAAAGACUACCCAGGUUUUGAGGCCUGGUUGCAGUGUUACUAUCUGGAUGGAAUGAAGUCUGUACGCGACCACAAUGGCAGGACUAUGUGGUUCAAAGGCGAUCCAGGUCCUAUGGCUCCUAAAGAAUCAAAGUCUCCAAAGGCCAAAAAGAGAAAAGAUACAGAUGCAGACCAUGAUUACCCCCGCAAGAAAAAGGUGUCCAGGAAACACAACUCUGACAGCACAGUGAAGAAAAAAGCAGCAAAGGAAGAAGAAAAUGGACCUCAAGAAGAAGCCACAGCCAGAAGAAGAUCAGCAAACACACCUCAGCAAGAACCGAAAUCCACGUCAGGCAGGAGGAAAAAGAACAAUACAGAGCCAGCUGCAGGUCUGAUUCUAAUAAUACUCCCAUUUUCUGAAAAUAUUAAGAACCUGAUCUUUGAGGAUCCAAUUCCCACACACUUAUCUGUGUGCGCAAACUAUAAAAUUGCAUGUACUGUUGGUGGACGUGUUGUAUGUGAUCUACUUUGUGCAAUUGAUAGCUGCAAAAGUGGCGCAGAUCACCCUAUUUUUGUGUACUAGAAGCAUUAUGUGCCCUUGGAAACACUUCUUUCCCUCUACAUUCAUGUUAUUAUGCUCUCCACACUGGAGGGGGGCUUAUAUUAGAUUAUAGCACAUAUCGAUCAUCUAACACCUUUUCUGCAAUAUAGAAUCACAAUAUGUAUACUAUUUGCAGCAGGAAUGAUCAAACUGCAUAUUGCAAGACAUUUUUUUAGGAGUUAUACUAAAUACAAAAAAAAAAAAAACGCAACGCUUUUGUUCUUGUUCCCAAUUUAAAUGAACUCAAAGAUCUAAAACUUUGACUAUAAACACAAAAUACCUGUUCCUCUCAAAUAUUGUUCACAAAUCUGUAUACAUUUGUUAGUGAGCAUUUUUUCUUUGCCAAGAUAAUCCAUCCCACCUGACAGGUGUGCCUUGAGCUGUCCAAAAUAAAAGGCCACAGUGAAAUGUGCAGUUUU